UUCAAUUAGCAGGUGAAAAUUGCGUAUACGCUCGGCAGAGUUUUUAUAAAUAUUUACUGGACAAAAUGGCCCUGCGACGCUGUCAUCUGAACCCCAAGAAAACCCUCUUCCUGCUGUGCGACAUCCAGGAGAAGUUCCGGCCGGCAAUGCCCCUGUUCGACAACAUGGUCAAGAACGUCGACAAGCUGACCAAGGCUGGAAAGGCUCUCGAUGUGCCGCUGAUUGUCACGGAACAUUAUCCAGAGAAACUGGGCAAGACCGUGGCCCAACUGGAUGUGAGCCAUGCCAAGUUGGUGUCCGGCAAGACGCUCUUCAGCAUGUUUACGCCCGAAGUGAAGGCUGUGAUCAAGGAUAUAUUCAACGAUAAGCCGGAGGAUGUGGUGUUGUAUGGUCUGGAGUCCCACAUUUGUGUGGAGCAAACCGCCAUCGAUCUUCUUGAGCAGAACAUCAACGUCUACAUUGUGGCCGACUGCUGCUCCUCUAGGCUUAAUCAGGAUCGGGAUCUGGCUUUGGAUCGUCUGCGCCAAGCUGGCUGUGUGAUCACCACCAGCGAGAGUGUCAUCUUUGAUUUGGUUCGUGACAAAAACAACGUCAAGUUCGAUGCUAUUCGGAAACUGGUGAACCAGCCCUCGGUGGACAUGGAACUCACGCGCAGCGGCAACGGACAGCCUGUGGGCAGUGCCAAGCUGUGAGACAACCCCACGUCCGACUCUUUGUUUUUUUUUUUGUCCCUGUGUAUGUGAUGAUGCCAAUUGCAUUUAUAUAACCAUCA